GCUAUUCCUCUGACCUUUCUGUCGUUUAUCUUUUUUUUCUGAUUGGUUGAUAGAUUGUGUCUAUCAUGUCUAUACAUCUAUUGAUUUCUGACUGACUGACAUGAAUUUGAAGGUUCCAGGGAUUCCCUGAUAUUCUUUGUAUUUCCUCUGCCUAAAAUUUCUUCAGUGCUGAUGAUGUCGUCUAGCAAGAGGAUAAAAGCUAUACGACUAAACAACCCAUCUGGCUCAGAGAACACAAUACAACCAAGAUCAUCCACCUGAGCUACAAGUAUUCUCCACCAUGGAAUUGUCGUGCUAUUGACGAAGAAAUGUCUAAAGAGUAUGAUUCAGUGACGGGAUCACCAGUGAAUAAUGUAGCCGAUGAUAUGAUGGUGCAUGAUGAUGAAGAAGAGUCUAGAUCAUGGGUAAUGCGAAUGCCUCCUGGUCCAUGGUGGUGCGAAGAUUGUCAAGAGUCUGUAACAUCUACUAAUCUUAGUAUACCACAACUGUUCGCUAUUCUAAGACAAUGGACACCUUAUGCACAAUUACAAUUAAUCACAAUAGUUGAAGAGAUAUUUAGACGUGGUGCUCACGUUGAUGAUCGUGAUGGUCUAACUGAUAUGACACUAUUGCAUUUUGCUGCAAAAUCUGGUGCAUUAGGCGAUGAACAAGCUGCUUGUCGCAUUGCCAGUUAUCUUCUAGAUGAAGGAGCUGAUAUUGAAGCCAGAUGUAAAUGGACCGAUAUGACACCAUUACAUUAUGCUUCAUAUUUUGAUUGUCCAUUGAUUACUGAUUUAUUGAUUCAUCGUGGUGCAUGUAUUGAUGCUAGAUCACAAUUAAUUGAUCAUGCAACUCCAUUGCAUAUAGCUGCUAGUCAAUUAUCUUUAGGCACAGCAAGAAUUUUGAUACAAGCAGCUGAUUUCUCAGUUACAAAAACAGGACAUAGAUAUGAUGCUAAAGAUGCUAAAGAUGGAUUAGGACGUACACCAUAUGAAUGUUUGCCUCCUUCAGGUCAACUUCCAGAACCGUUGUGUACACUACGAGAUUUACUGUCUGAAUUACUUCGUCCAACUUCACCUCAUCAAUCUGAGGGUAUAGAUAUUGAAAAGACACUGUUUCAAGCGACAUCAAAUGAUGCUUCAAUUGGUUAUCGAGGUGAACAGAUCAUCAAUGGGACUGAUAAUCACCAUCCAAUGGAACAACACCAGUCUGUAUGCAAUGGAGUUGAUUGGUUAGUUGCUGAAUCUGGUUUUCUUUCACCGCGUACAAAGCGACCACCUAUUCAACAAACACCAGAGAGUAAGAUUAAGCGUCCUACAACACUUCAAUCGAGUAAUACACGUCCAACUAUUGGUAAAUCUACAAUAUCUGCUAAGGUUACACUACAGUCGAUGGGUUUAUCAUUGGGUGAUCGUGUGUGUAUUGCACCGGGCAAUUCGACAUCAUCAUCAUCAUCAACAACAAUAAUAAACAAUAAAAAUAAUUCCGCAACGAUAGGUAUUUCAGGGAGAAUAGGUAAACUGCGUUUCUGUGGACCAGUCUCUUUUGCAUCCGGUGUAUGGGUCGGUGUAGAAUUGGAUGAACCAGUUGGUAGAAAUAAUGGCAGUGUAGCAGGAGUUCAAUAUUUUUCUUGUCCAAAUCAACACGGCAUAUUUGCUCCUAUUGGUCGAGUAUAUAAAACUGUCAAUGUGAAUGGUAGACAAAACUGGCAUCCUGUUACUACUACUUCAUCUACUAUUAAACGCCCAAGUGUAUCCUAUUCACCAACUACACCGAAUAGUGUCAGAAAGCUGAAUAAUUUAAGUGAAGAAGUCGGCGGUGGCGGCAGCAGCAGUAGUAGUUGUAGUCAUACACCUGUAAAACGUCUACCUUCAUCACGUUCUAGUUAUUCUAUAACUUCAACAGUAUCAGCACCAAAUGGAACAUCAAAUACACAUCAUCAUUAUCAUCAUCACCAUCAUCAUCAAUUAACUUCUUCAAUACAACAAAAUCGUACACCUACACCGACAACUAUACAAUCACCUAUUGAUUUAUCACAUGUUACUGCGAAAAUUGAUACUGGUUUACGAAUACGUUCACCGGAUAUCAAUCAAAAGCAUCAAUUUCAUUUAGGUGAUCGUGUAUUAGUUGCUGGUCAACGUAGAGGUGUACUUCGUUUUAUUGGUGAGACACAAUUUGCUCCAGGUAUUUGGUAUGGUGUCGAAUUAGAACAACCUGUUGGUAAAAAUAAUGGUUCAAUACAUGGUGUACGUUAUUUUGAUUGCCCUAUUGGUCAUGGUAUAUUUGCACCGAUUAAUCGUAUACAAAAAUUACCAUCACGAUGUAAUACACCAAAUCUACAAUCAAUUCAUAAACAUGAUACUUUAAUGACUACAUCAUAUCAUUCAGAGUUGAUUGAUUCAUCUAAAUCAUUUACACGUACACCAUGGUCAACUACAACAUCUCCAAUGAUAGGACGUUCUGUAAUCGGUCGACCACCACUACCUAUAGAAUUAGUGAAUGCUUUAAAAGCAGUUGGUCGAGUGCCUACAGAAUCAGCUGAAGAACCUGUCUUUUAUUUAUCUGAAGGAAUGCAAGUUCUAUGUGCUGGAGAGAUAGGUGUUGUUCGUUACAUUGGGCCUAUAACAUUUGCUGAUGGUAUUUGGCUCGGUGUUGAACUGCGUAAACCACGUGGUCGUCAUGAUGGAUCUGUUGCAGGUAGACGUUAUUUCACUUGUCGUCCUGGUCAUGGUCUACUAGUCAGACCAGCUCGUGUCUUCUGUCAUGGUAUAAAUGCUGUCAAUCUUCUACCGCCUGCUUUAGCUGAAUUAGAACGUCAGUUGGCUGCAAAACGUCAGGAAGCAAGCCAUAGAGUAUCAUCUACACCUUCAAUCAGCUCUAGUGAUGAACAAUCUGGAAAGCAUUCAUCAUAAUACCAAGAGGAUAUUUAAUGAGCCUAUUUCAUUUUCAUUCAUACUUCUUUAUCAUGGAUACAAGAUUCUUGUCCAAUCACUUUGUUUUACUUACCUCACCUUGACUCUUUCUCAUUCUUCCAUCUCUUUAUGAUAAGAGAUAAGUGACAAUAUCAGACAGCUUGACAUUUUAUUUGCAUCUUCCUUUUAACUGCAUUUAUCUUUGUUUUCUCUCGCCUCUUGCUUCCCCCCUCCCCGUACCCUCCACUGAUGGUUUGCACUAUUUUCAACUAGCCAUUCAUUCAUUCUGUCUGCCAUCAAUCAGUCAGUAAAGUAACUAGGAGGGAUUCGCAUUGCAUUUUGUUGCCAUUCGGUUAGUCAUUGCUUAUGUCUGUGUUUGUUUGUCAAUAUGUUAUUUAAUAAGGAAACAGAAAAUAAUAUUAUUCUUUCUUUUAGGCCUUUUUCAAAGGGAUAUUUUCCUCCAGCUUUUCUUUUCAUCUCUCACCUCCGUUUUUUUUUUUUUGGUUAUUUUGUAUUUUAAAGUGUUUUAACGUGAUGAGGAAUGUCUGUGUUCGUUGAAUUAAUGUCUGUGCCUCUAUUUUGUAGAGAGGAAGCAUAUUUACCGCAUUCCUUCGUUCUACAUAUGACUGGAAGUGCAUGAUUUUAUGAAGUGAGAAUUGAACUACUUAAUACGGAUAUAAGUAGUACAAUUCUAUAACGUUGCUGUUCUUCAGCUUAUUCCAUGUUAUAUUUGAUUUUCUCUUCUGCAUUAUUUGUAGUGUAAAAUUUUUUGACUUCUUUUGUCAUUCACUCACUAUAUAUGAUUUUCUUCUCCUUUGCUUUUUUAUGUAUGGAUAUGGAGUAGUUGUGAUUUGACUGUUGUCCGUACUUUCCACUCCUACAAGGUGGAUACCAUCAUGAUUUGAGUUGAAUUGUCUGUAAUAACCAUGAAGUUUGUCAUCCAUUUUUC